CCCCCAUUCAAGCCCAUGUUCCCCCAGACCCCCGACACUGCCACCCCCUGUUCCUCCUACUUCCUUGCCACCUGUAACCACAACGGCCAAGCCCUCCCCCCUCAGCACUCCCGACACCGUAUCGAACAGAAAUCCGCUUUCCACCGAAGUGGUUAGGUUAAAGCUGUCGCACGCAUAUUUCGGCGCGCAAAAGUCUGUGCGGCAUUGCUGAUCGAUACUGCCACCGGUCACACCAAGAGAGAAACAUCCGCCGUCUUGCUCUUUCUGAGGCAACCCCCAUUCAAGCCCAUGUUCCCCCGGACCCCCGACACUGCCACCCCCUGUUCCUACUUCCCCGCCACCUGCAACCGCAAGAGCCAGGUCAACGACAACAACUGCGCGCGGAACAUGUGCAUGCCGCCGACGUACGUGCAAAGGUUUCUACUCAGUAAUGAUCUCCCAUUCCUUUGACGUCUGUCAAUCUUCUGUUCAGGUUUCAGAGAUCUUCUAGAUGCUCGUUGCACCCAAUCCUGCUCUCGGUACCUCGGCUCCGUCUGCUGCUGCUGGACCUGUUCGCGACCGCCUUGCUUGAUCUCCGAUUGAUCACGGGGUCGCGAGCACAGUUCCGUUCGGGCCUCCACGUGUGUGUGUGCUCCCAGCACGCGUGUCUCGAAGAUCCCUUCUCGUCGGCCCCUUUGACUGUUGCUUCCUCCCGCUGCUGCUGCUGCUACCUGUCCCCUGAUCUUCCUCUCACCGCGCUGAGCUUCUCCUGCCGCUGACUCUUCCAGAAGCGAGGCUGCAGGAUCUCCGAUCGAGCUUUUGUUUGGAUCUCUCGAAAACUUCUCUCCGGGACCACGUGUGUGUGUCGCGCACACGUGUUCCGAUGUUGCCCUCUCGUCGGUACGUGCGGCUGCCUCUGCCGCUGCUGCUGCUGCUGCUGCUGCUGCUGCUGCUGCUGCGUCCUCCGCUAUGGGCGAUUUGCGGGGGAUCCGGCUUGUACGAUCUACGAUCAGUGGAUCGUCGCCGCAAUGGAUCCAAACUGACUUCAACAAGCUCUCACCUCUACCAGCCCCUUCACUGCUACCUCUUAUGUUUCCCUUCUCCACGAUAUCUAACCACGCUUCUCCACGCGGAUUUUCUUCUCUCGGUGCCUGAACUCCUUUUCCUCGGAAACCUUCCAGGCCGACUUUUUCGCACAAUCUCCGAUCAACUCUUUUUGGAUCUCGCGCAAAGCAAGCAGGUCGACGGGACAGGUACCACCCUGUGUGUGUCUGUGCACACGUGCCACCACCGCACUCCGGUCGAUGCUGUCUGUGCUGUCGUUUCUGUCUCUGCUUCCC